UCGGCCUCCCGUGCUCACCGCUCAGUGUCCGGGAGGCCUCGCUCGGAUGUCGGUGUCGCGGUGCGCGAACAGCGGACAGGACACGGUCCCGCUCCCGGGAAACGAGAGCCUCUGACUGAUAAGCGGCAGCGAUGUCAUCAGGAGGAGCCAGGCUGUGCGGGUGACAGCUGGUCAGAGUGAAUCCAUCUUGGAUUAUAUAUACUGGAAGGCGUCCAUCUUGGAUUCUAUUGGCCGGAGGCGUCCAUCUUGGAUUCUAUUGGCCGGAGGCGUCCAUCUUGGAUUCUAUUGACCGGAGGCAUCCAUCUUGUAUUUUGUUGACUGCAGGUAUCCAUCUUGGAUUCUAUUGGCCGGAGGCGUCCAUCUUGGAUUCUAUUGACCGGAGGCGUCCAUCUUGGAUUCUAUUGACUGUAGGCGUCCAUCUUGGAUUCUAUUGACUGUAGGCGUCCAUCUUGGAUUCUGAUGACUGUAGGCGUCCAUCUUGGAUUCUGAUGACUCGAGUGCGUCCAUCUUGGAUUUCGCUUCACCAUAAGUCGUCCAUCUUGUAGCCCCGUUGAUUGGGGCUAGCCUCUCUUGGAUUAGACCUGCGGUCACACAUGGGGUGACCCCUUUGGAUUUAGUGGCUAUAUCUUGUCACAUCUCCCAAGCAAUGAGCUGCUUUGGACUGUGGCCCCUGGUGUGUGUUGGGGGCCCUUCUGCUGUUGUGAGGUUUCAUCAUCAUCCUUCUUGGAUCCCGGUCAUGUGACCAGUCCUUGGCUAUGGAAUCGGCAGGGGAUGUGGAAAAUGCUGUGGACGGCCAUGGAGGGAUGCUGAGCAGUCAGGGGUCGUGCCGUCUGCGCCCCUCCUCCUACCGGGCCCUGCGCAGCGCCGUCUCCAACCUCGCCCGCAUCGACGACUUCUACUGCGAGAAGAUCGGAUCCGGAUUCUUCUCCGAAGUCUUCAAGGUGCGUCAUCGUCAGUCUGGCCAAAUCAUGGUGCUCAAAAUGAACAAGAUGAUCAGCAACCGUGCCAACAUGCUCCGAGAGGUGCAGCUGAUGAACAGACUUUGUCACCCCAAUAUCCUGAGGUUCAUGGGUGUGUGUGUGCAGCAGGGCCAGCUUCACGCCCUCACUGAGUACAUUAAUGGCGGUAACCUGGAGCAGCUGCUGCAGAGCGGGGAGCCUCUGUCCUGGACCGGCCGCGUCAAGCUGAGCCUGGAUAUCGCCCGAGGCCUGCGCUACCUGCACUCCAAGGGUGUCUUCCACCGUGACCUCACCUCCAAGAACUGUCUGGUGCGCUACGACGACAGCGGCUACACCGCCGUGGUGGCAGACUUUGGACUGGCCGAGAAAAUUCCGGAUCGCAGUCAGACGGAGCCGCUCUCGGUGGUGGGCUCCCCGUACUGGAUGGCCCCUGAAGUCCUGCGGGGGGAUGUGUACAAUGAGAAGGCCGACGUCUUCGCCUUUGGAAUCAUAUUAUGCGAGAUAAUUGCACGGAUCCCGGCGGACCCCGACUAUCUCCCCCGCACUGAGGACUUUGGCUUGGACAUCGUGAUGUUCCGGGAGAUGGUUCCCUCUGGCUGCCCCCCCGCCUUCCUGCAGCUGGCGGUCCACUGCUGCCGGAUGGCUCCAGAGUCCCGGCCGUCCUUCUGCGAGGUGAGUCAGCGGCUUGAGGCCAUCCUGGACAAUAUGGACGCCCCACUGUCUCCAAAGAAAGAGGUGAAAGAGCCGAAAACACCAAAAAGAAGUGAGGGGAUAAGUUCUGAGCCAUCUGAUCACAAGUGGACCUGGGAUCUCACUACCCCUCCAGACCAGCGCUUGUCCCGGAGUCAGUCCGACAUGUUCUCUCCUCAGACACCACUGCCUCUGUGCUCUCAAGGCCCCUACUCAGACCUGUUACCCGACACUCCCGCCCGUUUCAAUCCCUUCUCGCAACGAGAAGAUCUAAAGGGUGGGAGAAUCAAACUCUAUGACACCCCAAGCAAAUCGGUGAUUUCCCUCACCUUUGACCUCCCUCCACCAAUGUCCUACCAGCUGAGCAGUCCAGUAACUCCUGAGCCCAUGGUGGACGCUCAGUGUGAAUUUUCUGACUUGGCGAUGAGACCGAGACGUUGCAGAUCUCUUCCUUCCUCACCUGAAGUUGUACGUAGAGGCAGCCCUUGUCCUGUCACAACGCCAGUCCAAAGGAGCCAUCGAGAUACGAGGGAGAGUGAUGACCUCUGGCACACACCAAGCAUCAGCGAUAGACACGCCAGUACAGCCAAUGGGUUUUUACCAGUACAUGUACCAAAUUCUCUGCCCCCAGAAAUCUCUCCUGACAAUCUGUCAGUACGUGUGAACUCUCCCAAAAAUCUGCAGUCCAGUGAGAUGACCAGCUCUCUCAUAGACAAAGACUGGACCGUGAACAACAGCACCGAACACUGCGGCACAGAAAGGAGAACAAUACAACAUGGUGACCCACAGAUUCUCAGUGAGACACUAAGAGACUACAUGAAGGAGAUUUCUACAGAAGAGGGUGUCCUACACUGCAACACCAAAAAGACUGCAGGAAGGCCUCCGUGUGGAGAAAGUGGAUUUCAGGGGCAGAAAACCAUACAUUCUUCCACCAGUGUCCAUGAGUGGAAGGAUGAUCACUUCUCUCAGAAACUUCCUCUUCCAGGAGGCCUGCAAUCUCAAGAGAGAUCCCAGGACUGGAACAGAAAGUGGAAUCCCGAUGGUGGAUCAUCAGGGGGUCAUCCUGAGCUGGACCACCCUGGUACUGGAGAACCCAUGGAUUGCUCAAGCAGUCCUGACAGCACCGAAGAGAAUACUUUCUGCAGAAGGCCUUCACGCUUACAAACCAAUGGAUCUCUUCUUGCUCUUUCCUCUCCUCCUCAGUCCUCAUCAUCUUCCACAGCCUCGUCUUCCCGAUCCUCUUCUCCCCCAGUCGGCACCUGGCAACUAGAGUCACAAGGUGUCCCCAACAGGGUGAGUCUCUCGGACAAUAACAAUGUAGUCAGCAGUAAGCCCAUCAGGUGGGUUGGCCUGCUGAAUCCACAUCCACUGGGUUCUCUGGAUGGUAAUUUAUGGGAUGGAAGUUUGCCUGGCCUCGGCUGUGAGGGUGCGGAGAGCGGUAGCAUGGCUCCUCUCCAUGCAUCCUCCAGUUCUGUCCUGGACCCCGAGGAGACUGUGUCCUGUCCCGCCUGCUGUUUGGGGGGAUUUAGUUUCAUAUCAGUAUGCCGAAGAUCACCUCCAGAUACAUCCCGCUAUCAGAACCUGAACUGUGAGGCGAGUCGAGGACUCAUUCACACUGCACCGAGGCUCAGCACUCCUCGACCAGGACCCAGUAGGAAGCUUCCAGAAGCCCAGACUUAGUGCAUGGACUGAUGCCACGAGGUCUGUAAGGAUCAGCACGGCGUGGUGGCUUGGUUUACAUAACAUGGCGCUGCCAUGCGGUUCUCGUCUUUACUCAGCGUUUGCACUUAGCUUCAGCUCCUACUGGUCAGACGAGUGAAGACUUAGGAAAACAGUUUUUUUGUUAAAAAGCGUGUGCUGCACCAGCUUGGCUACGAUCGAGGGGUCCUCUGGGUCUAUUUAUGUCUUGCACAUUCAGAGACGCAGCCCUUAUCCCUACACUAUACAUGUCCCUCAUGUCCGUACAGUAACAGCGGUGGGGAACGGCAUGCCGCCUGCAGGUCUAUAGAGCUUACUACCCGUGCACUUGUCAGGACAUGGGCAUCAGGCUGGGUAUAGCUCUGCCCAAACUAGUACACUGCAGAUCCCCUUUACAUCAUAGCAGCAUCUCGUCCUGCGCAGUGCAGCAGCAGAAGCUCAUACUGUACAGUGCGGAAGCAGCAGUUCACCUCGUACAGUGCGGCAGCAGCAGUUCACCUCGUACAGUGCAGCAGUCACAGCUCGUCUUGUACAGCCCAGCAGCAGUCCGUCUCGUACAGCGUGACAGCUGCAGCAGCUCAUUCUGUUCUAUGUGACAGCAAAAGCUCGCCCUGUACAGUGCAGCAGUCACAGCUUGUCUCGUGCAGCGCGGCAGCAGUCCGUCUCGUGCAGCGCGGCAGCAGUCCGUCUCGUGCAGCGCGGCAGCAGUCCGUCUCGUGCAGCGCGGCAGCAGUCCGUCUCGUGCAGCGCGGCAGCAGUCCGUCUCGCGCGGCAGCUGCAGCAGCUCAUACUGGACUAUGUGACAACAGCAGCUCGCCCUGUACAGUGCAGCAGUCACCGCUCGUCUCGUACAGCGCGGCAGCAGUCCGUCUCGUACAGCGCGGCAGCAGUCCGUCUCGUACAGCGCGGCAGCUGCAGCAGCUCAUACUGUACUAUGUGACAGCAGCAGCUCGCCCUGUACAGUGCAGCCGCACCAGAUCUUGGUCUACAGGUCGUGUUAAAAACACUGGUAAGUGGAAUAUAAAUGGAAUGAAAGGAAUGUGACAAUCGCUCCCCACAUGUCGUCCCUUAAAACAAAGCCUUUUGGGUUACGGGUAUUUGUCCCCCAUGGGACGUGACCCUGUUUCCGCUAGUGUGGGUAAAUGGACUGAGGUAUGUUGCGCCAAGUGUCUCAGGGUACAGCGUGGUCGCUCGACAGCUGUUGCGGUCAGAUUCACAGAGUAGCAGGGAUCACAUAGACAUGAAUGGGAUCGCCGCACCAGUCACAAACAAAUCUACCAUUCAUUUCUAAGGGAUCGCUGCUACUCUGCCAGUGUAGUCAUGUACCCGUACUGUAAAGCUAACAUAUCUGCCAGCCAUGGGCUGAUGAUCGAUGCCAUGAUGUGGAGGUUGGGGACACUUUAGUAUAAAGACAUUGGGAGGAUGGGGGUGAUGAUACUGAUAUAAUGCUGUUUCCGUCCUCUGAUCACACCUUCUCCAUAGAUCUGUAUUGUAGCUGCCCCUGCAGAGCAUUCAGCUCCUGGAAUCUGUAUUGUAGCUGCCCCUGCAGAGCAUUCAGCUCCUGGAAUCUGUAUUGUAGCUGCCCCUGCAGAGCAUUCAGCUCCUGGAAUCUGUAUUGUAGCUGCCCCUGCAGAGCAUUCAGCUCCCGGGAUAUUCAUUAAGCUGGGUUCACACCUGAGUGUUUUACAGCGCGUUCCUACGCGCUGUAAAACGCUCAACAAGCAAAAACCAAUGCUUCCCUAUCGGCAUGGUUCUCGCCUGAGCGUUUUACAGCGCGUACGAUUG